AUGGUAACUGAAGCAAAGUCCAAUUCUUUGGGAGAAAUUCUUCUAUUUGGGAAUAAGGAGCGACUCAAAGUUGGACCACACAUUGAAGAUAUAUAUUUGAAUUACCGUGUCAAAAUGCUAGUUGAGUGCUUGGGGCCAGUGACUGGUUGGAGUAUUUGCUUCGCUUCAAUGAUAGGUUUUCUUGAAGAUUGUGUUUCUCAUUACCAUAUUUUCUUGGAAAAUGAGUUGAGCAAUGAGAAAGAACAUGAGGGUGAUAGUGAAAUGAAAGAGAAAGAAUGCAGAACUGACACUCAAGUUAUCAAAGGGAAGUGUAAAUCAUUUGUUGAAUUUUUCAGAGAUAGCUUUGUUUCUACUGCAUUACCGCUAAGACGUUGCAUUUUUACCUUCUGUACCCAUAUAGCCAAAAAUUACUUUUUGGCACAUACUUUCCAAAACAUGAUUUCGCUCAUAGGAUUAUUUGAUUCCAUUGAAUCAUUAUUGUUGCAUGGUGAUUUUGGUUCUGAAGCAUUGGAACACCUUUGCUCUUGUUCAGAAGUUGAAGAUGUGCCAGAGUCAUUUGUAGAUAACUCAUUUCUGCUGUGCAUGAAGAGAAAAGAAUGCCUUUCAGUAUUACGUACUCUACAGGAUUCUCUUAGUGGACUUGACCUUCCAAAUUUUAGGAAUGGAGAAGCUCUAAUGGAAUUCUGUUUUCAAAGAGCUUCCUUAAUUUUUUGCACUGCGUCGAGUUCGUAUAUGCUGCAUAGAUUGGCAAUGGAGCCACUGACCAUUGUUGUUAUUGAUGAAGCUGCACAAUUGAAAGAGUGUGAAUCAACAAUACCCCUGCAACUUCCAGGUGUGAAGCAUGCUGUUCUUGUUGGUGAUGAAUGUCAGUUACCAGCUACGGUGAACAGCAAUGUUUCUGUUGAGGCUGGUUUUUCAAGAAGCUUGUUUGAGAGGUUGAGCUCAAUGGGACACUCAAAACACCUUCUGAAUAUGCAAUACAGAAUGCAUCCCUCAAUAAGUUUGUUCCCAAAUACAAAUUUCUAUAACAACCAGAUCCUAGACGCUCCAAAUGUUAAAAAAAGAAGCCACGAGAAACACUAUCUUCCAGGGUCAAUGUAUGGUCCCUUUUCUUUUAUAAAUGUAAUUGAUGGAAGAGAGGAGAAGGAUGAGGAUGGACGUAGUAGAAAGAAUAUGGUCGAGGUUGCUAUUAUUCUGAAAAUACUGCGGAAGCUGUACAAAGAAUGGAUUGUUUCAAAACAGAAACUCAGUAUUGGGGUGGUAUCACCGUAUGCUGCUCAAGUAGUUGCAGUUCAGGACAAACUUCGACAGAGGUAUGACAAGAUUGAUGGCUUUACUGUGAAGGUGAAGACGGUUGAUGGGUUCCAGGGUGGGGAAGAUGACAUAAUUAUUGUCUCCACUGUACGAUCUACUAUUCAUCAAUCCAUUGAUUUUAUAUCAAAACCGCAACGAGUUAAUGUCGCUCUUACAAGGGCUAGGCAUUGCCUUUGGAUUCUGGGAAAUGAAAGAACUCUAUCUGAUAGGGAAUCUGUUUGGAAGGCCUUGGUCCUUGAUGCCAAACGUCGUCAAUGCUUCUUUAAUGCUGAUGAAGACAAGGAUUUGGCCGGGGCCAUAUUAGAGGUGAAGAAAGAAUUCGGCCAAUUUGAUGAUUUGCUUAAUCCUGACAGCAUAUUUUUUAGAAGUUCUAGAUGGAAGGUACUUUUCAGUGAUAACUUUCUGAAGUCAUUCAAAAAGCUGAAGUCAAUCCGUUUAAAGAAGUCUGUAUUAAAUCUUCUGCUGAAGCUUUCCACUGGUUGGAGACCUAAGAAGCCAAAUGUAGGGACAAUUUGUGGAAGCUAUUCACAUAUCUUGAGGAAAUAUAUGGUUGAAGGUCAUUACAUUGUUUGCACAACUGAUAUUGCAAAGGAUGUGAAAUACAUUCAAAUAUUGAAGGUUUGGGACUUAUUGCCUCUAGAGGAUAUUCCAAAAUUGGUAAACCGUCUAGAGAGUAUUUUGAAAAGAUAUACAGAUGAUUUUAUCAACCGGUGCAAGGAGAAAUGUCUUGAGAGUGAUUUGGAAGUUCCCAAGAGCUGGCCACCCUCUUUGGACAUUGUACGAUUCAAGGAUCUUAGCAUCACUGAAAACCAGAGUGAUUUAGUUGGUGAUAAUGAUUCUGACGGUAGAAGUUAUGUUGAGAAUUCACAGGUCAGCGAGAGUUUGUUGCUCAUGAAAUUUUACUCCUUGUCAUCUGGUGUAGUAAACCACUUGCUGUCUGACCGUGAGGGUAGAGAGUUGGAUCUUCCGUUCGAAGUCACUGACCAGGAAAUGGAGAUUAUUCUUUAUCGUAAAAGUAGCUUUAUAGUUGGACGGUCAGGAACCGGGAAGACCACGGUUUUAACCAUGAAAUUGUUUCAGAAUGAACAAUGUUACCAAUUGGCUGUGCAAGGAUGCCUUAGUAGUCAAAAUAGAAUGGUUGAACAGAGUUCUUCAGCUACUAAGGGAAGAAAUCUACACCAGCUUUUUGUGACCGUCAGUCCUAAACUGUGUUUUGCCAUCAAGCAGCAUGUUUUAAACUUAAAAAGUUUUGCAUGUGGUGGAAGUGAUUCAACUGAAAAGAGUUUGAUUGAUAUGGCUGAUUUUGAUGAGGAGGAAGCCCAAUUCAAGGAUAUCAAGGAUUCAUUUCAUCAUAUUCCUCCCAAUUCUUACCCUCUUGUCAUAACAUUCCAUAAGUUCUUGAUGAUGCUUGAUGGAACACUGGGGAACUCAUACUUUGAAAGAUUCCUUGAUGCAACAAAACUUACACACGGUCGAUUGCAAAGUUCAAGAUCAGUUGCUUUGCAGACCUUUAUAAGGACAAAGGAGGUUAAGUAUGAGAGAUUCAGUUCAUCUUACUGGCCCCAUUUUAAUAUCCAGUUAACAAAGAAGCUCGAUGCUUCAAGAGUCUUUAUAGAGAUAAUAUCUCAUAUUAAAGGUGGUUUGGGAGCCAUGGAUGCAGGUGAUGGUAAACUCAAUCGCGACGACUAUGUUCAAUUGUCAGAGGGCCGGGGUUCCAAUUUAAGCAAGCAAAAGAGAGAAGAAAUAUACGAUAUAUUUCAGGCUUAUGAAAAAAUGAAGAUGGAAAAUGGUGAAUUUGAUCUGGCUGAUUUUGUAAUUGAUCUUCACCGUCGUCUCAGGCAUGAAAAAUAUGGGGGUGAUCAAAUGGACUUUGUUUAUAUUGAUGAGGUCCAAGAUCUCACAAUGAGUCAAAUUGCUCUGUUUAAACAUAUGUGCAUCAACAAUAUUGAUGAGGGUUUUAUUUUUUCUGGGGAUACAGCACAAACAAUUGCUAGGGGUAUUGAUUUUCGGUUCCAAGAUAUACGACAUUUGUUCCACAAGAAGUUUGUGUUGGAAGCAAGAAGCAAUAAGCUUGAAGAAAGAAAAGAAAAGGGACAAAUUUCAAAAAUGUUUCAUUUGACUCAAAAUUUCCGUACCCAUGCUGGUAUACUAAAGUUAUCACAGAGCAUUAUUGAACUGAUUUAUCAUUUUUUUCCCCACUCUAUUGAUGUUUUAGACCCUGAAACCAGUCUUAUUUAUGGGGAAGCUCCAGUUUUGCUUGAAUCUGGAGAAAAUGAAAAUGCAAUCAUAAAAAUAUUUGGAAAUAGUGCAACUGGUACCGGAAACAUAGUUGGCUUUGGUGCAGAGCAGGUUAUUUUGGUGCGAGAUGAUGGUGCCAGGAAAGAUGUUUCCAUGUUUGUGGGGAAGCAUGCUCUUGUCCUCACCAUUGUGGAGUGCAAGGGCCUUGAGUUCCAGGACGUACUCUUGUACAACUUUUUUGGAUCAUCACCACUGAAAAACCAAUGGAGGGUCAUAUAUGAUUACAUGAAGGAACGAGAUUUACUUGACUCAACAUUACCAAAGGGCUUUCCAAGUUUCAAUGAAGCUAGGCACAACAUCCUGUGCUCUGAAUUGAAGCAAUUAUAUGUUGCUGUUACUCGUACGAGACAGAGAUUGUGGGUUUGUGAGAAUGUAGAAGAGCUCUCCAAACCAAUGUUUGACUAUUGGAAGAAGAAAUGUCUUGUACAAGUUAGGCAACUGGAUGAUUCACUCGCACAAGCAAUGCAAGUUGCAAGCAGUCCAGAGGAGUGGAAAUCACGGGGAAUUAAGCUAUAUCAUGAACAUAACUAUGAAAUGGCCACAAUGUGUUUUGAGAGAGGUGGUGAUACAUAUUGGGAAAGAAGGUCUAAAGCUGCCGGCCUUAAAGCUAUCGCUGACCGUAUGCGAACUUCAAAUCUUGAAGAGGCCAAUUCCAUUCUUAGGGAAGCUGCUGAAAUAUUUGAUGCUAUAGGCAAGGCAGAUUCCGCUGCGAGAUGCUUUUCUGAUUUGGGCGAAUAUGAGAGAGCAGCUAGGAUUUAUUUGGAUAAAUGUGGCGUGCCUGAUCUGGAAAGAGCUGGGGAAUGUUUUUCUCUAGCUGGAUGCUAUAAAGAUGCUGCGGAUGUGUAUGCUAGGGGCAAUUAUUUCUUCGAGUGUCUCACUGUUUGUUCCAAAGGAAAACUGUUUCAAAUGGGUUUACAAUACAUCAAGUAUUGGAAACAGCAUGCAAUAGAGGACGGCGUUGUUGCCAGAAGAGGUGAAGGAAUAGAUAAAAUUGAACAAGAAUAUCUGGAGAGCUGCGCAUCCCACUAUUAUGAGUUGAAAGAUAACAGAUCCAUGAUGAACUUUGUUAAAGCGUUUCAUUCGAUUGUUUUGAUGCGGAACUUUUUGAAGAAGUUGGGUCUCCUUGAUGAGCUUCUUUUGUUGGAAGAAGAAUUUGGAAACUAUCUUGAAGCUGCAGACAUUGCGAAGCUGAAAGGCGAUAUUCUACUCGAAGCUGGUUUCCUUGGAAAGGCAGGCAAGUUCAAAGAAGCAUCAUUACACAUUCUAUUCUAUGUGCUUGCAAAUUCUCUUUGGUCACAUGGCAGAAAGGGCUGGCCCAUACAACAGUUUUCACAAAAGGAGGAGCAUUUAUCAAAAGCCAAGUCAUUUGCUAAGAAUGAAACAGAAAGCUUUUAUGAGCUUGUUUGCACUGAGAUUGACAUUUUGUUAAAUGAGCAGAGUAACUUGGCCUUCAUAAAAAAUUAUAUGAAUCUAUAUCAUGAACAUAACUAUGAAAUGGCCACAAUGUGUUUUGAGAGAGGUGGUGAUACAUAUUGGGAAAGAAGGUCUAAAGCUGCCGGCCUUAAAGCUAUCGCUGACCGUAUGCGAACUUCAAAUCUUGAAGAGGCCAAUUCCAUUCUUAGGGAAGCUGCUGAAAUAUUUGAUGCUAUAGGCAAGGCAGAUUCCGCUGCGAGAUGCUUUUCUGAUUUGGGCGAAUAUGAGAGAGCAGCUAGGAUUUAUUUGGAUAAAUGUGGCGUGCCUGAUCUGGAAAGAGCUGGGGAAUGUUUUUCUCUAGCUGGAUGCUAUAAAGAUGCUGCGGAUGUGUAUGCUAGGGGCAAUUAUUUCUUCGAGUGUCUCACUGUUUGUUCCAAAGGAAAACUGUUUCAAAUGGGUUUACAAUACAUCAAGUAUUGGAAACAGCAUGCAAUAGAGGACGGCGUUGUUGCCAGAAGAGGUGAAGGAAUAGAUAAAAUUGAACAAGAAUAUCUGGAGAGCUGCGCAUCCCACUAUUAUGAGUUGAAAGAUAACAGAUCCAUGAUGAACUUUGUUAAAGCGUUUCAUUCGAUUGUUUUGAUGCGGAACUUUUUGAAGAAGUUGGGUCUCCUUGAUGAGCUUCUUUUGUUGGAAGAAGAAUUUGGAAACUAUCUUGAAGCUGCAGACAUUGCGAAGCUGAAAGGCGAUAUUCUACUCGAAGCUGGUUUCCUUGGAAAGGCAGGCAAGUUCAAAGAAGCAUCAUUACACAUUCUAUUCUAUGUGCUUGCAAAUUCUCUUUGGUCACAUGGCAGAAAGGGCUGGCCCAUACAACAGUUUUCACAAAAGGAGGAGCAUUUAUCAAAAGCCAAGUCAUUUGCUAAGAAUGAAACAGAAAGCUUUUAUGAGCUUGUUUGCACUGAGGUUGACAUUUUGUUAAAUGAGCAGAGUAACUUGGCCUUCAUAAAAAAUUAUAUGAAUGUUUGUCAGAGGCAUAAGAGUACUAGAGGUGAAUUAUUAUCUGCUCGAAAAAUAUUGGAUGCUCAUAUUUCUUCAAGCGCCAAUAAGUAUGUGUGGGAAAAGGAUUUGGUUGAUGGGGAUCUGAUAAUGUGUUCAGAAGGAAGAAUAUCUGAAAAUCAGGUAUCUAUAGAUUCAUUGAUAUAUUUCUGGAUUUUUUGGAAGGAUAAAAUUGCUUUCAUAAUUGAAUAUCUCGGAUGCCUUGAAAACCAAGAUCCUAAUGAUUACAGAAGGUACGGAGAGCUUUGUUUGGAUUACUUAGGAGUGUGGAGGUUGUAUCAUAAUUUUACUCCAGUUUAUGUCUUACUCAUAUCUGAUGCUGAUUGGGUUCGAGGUCUGGACAAAAGACAUUUUAGAAAUCAUGGGAAGUUGGUCUCCAUUAGUGUUCACCAGCUCGUCUCAGCUGCACGUAGUUAUUGGAGUUCAGAAAUGCUCUCUGUUGGCAUGAAAGUUUUGGAGAAGCUUGAAAAUCUUUACAAGUUUCCAAUAAAAAAUGCUGAUGAUGCAGUGUUCUGCCAAAGCAGGUGUCUUACCCAUAUUUGUGAGAUCUCAGAAUAUCUUUUGCAAUCAAAUUGUUUGAAGCUAAGGAAUCAAGAUACCGAGAGAUUGCAGAGAUGUGUAAAGUUUUCUACUGAUACUGUUGUUGCGAAUAUAUUUCCUUUGGAUUGGAGGAAUUCAUUGAGGGAGAAUAUGAUUGCUCUUAGAAGAACUGAUGCUUUAAAGAAUGUGCUGAAACAAGUAAUAGUUGAGCAUACCAGCUCGAAGAAGGUGCUGUCUUUUGGGCAGAUUGGAAGGCUUGCAAUGGUUAUUCUCGGGUCUGGUAAGCUGAAUAAUAGUGAACUAUACGAGAAGCUUGUGGUAAAACUGGACUGCCACCCGCCAUGGAAGGCUUUCAUUGAGAAUCUAUGUGAGAAUAUUGGCCCUGGAAACACCAGUGAAGAACCGAGAGAGGUGUCUAUAAUGUUGAAGUUGUAUGGAGCUUUAGUUGAUACUUAUAAUGCGAACUGGAGGGUGGUUCGUGAUUACAUAUCACCUGGUUGCUUUUUGUACCUUGUAGAGCGCCUUCUGAUUUCGGCAACUUGCUUUCAGGGUUAUGCUGUCACCACAAGCUCUUGCUUUGUUGAGUGGCUCAUGUACCAAGAGGAAGAUACCAACUUAAGUUCCAUAGUUGGUGGUGAUGUGCAACAAUCUUUAAUUGACAUCCUUCAUUUUGUGAUUUAUGUGGUUCAGGGGUGUCUUUUUAAUAAGGCGGAUAUGGUUGAAUGGAUUAAAAAGACCGACGCAAAUUGGAAGAACAAUUAUUCUCAACUCAUGUUGAGAUUUGUUGUCGUAUUAUGCUUGGUUUAUUUAAAUUUUGACAUGGGUCUAGAUGAACUCUAUGAUUUGCUGGGAAGGGACUAUAUCACUGAGCAGCUGCCGUGGGAAUUUUUUGACGCCCUUAAGAGUGGGAGGAGACACAAAUCUCUUAACAUAAAUACGAGGCUGCUAGCUGCAGCUUUUCAGAAGAUUGGUAAUACUUUGGUAAUUGCAAGUUUCGGGUCUGAUUGUUCAAGGUUCUUAUGUUCAGAUGUCAUCUUUGUUGACAUGAAGGCCAACCAUUCCAGGGAUUACAUUCUAAGAAAAUUGUUUCCUAAACGGCCACCUGUCCUGCAAGUUUCCCAAGCUACAUCUGUUGAAGCAGGAGGUAAUAAUUCUUUCAGUCGUGUGCUUCAUGCAACCAAUUCCAAUUAUGAGGAAGGGAAGAGUUCUAAGAUCCUGCCAUCGAACUCUGGUGUGGUGGAACCUUUUGAGCCUGGUGCUGUAUCUGAUAAGACGAGUGAUGAUGCCGCCGGGGGCAGAGACAGCCACAAUACAGAUGAGGAAUGUUGCAUAUCCAAAGAGUCAAAUCCAAAGUCUAAGCGAGCAGAUGCUAUGGCUUCUGGCAGUAAUGAAAUUGGAAACAAGGGGAAGAAAAAGGGCAAGAACAAGAAACCCAAGAAGAAAGGAGGCAAAAAGUAGCCAUCACAUGCGAAUAUAUUAUAAUUAUAUAUUUGCUAUGUGAAUGAAUCUUGUUAUGUAUGAAAUUGAUGGUUUUUAUGAUGUAUAUAAUAAUAAUACAUCAGACAAAUUAUCUUGUCUUAUGUAUGAACUUGAUGUUGUGAUGUCAUGUUAGUGAUGAUUCCUGGAUGAUGCAUGGGCUUAAAGCGGAGCUAUGUACAAAUUAAGAAGUAAAAUGAUUGAAGUGAAAGAUUUUGAUU